UUGCCGGGAUUACAGCCUGGUGGCACCACACCUGACGUUCUAGUCUGCAUCUUGAUGGUUUCACUGCAUAUCCAAUUUCUUGAGCAUCAGCGAUGGACCAAGAAAGAUGCCACACAUGGAUUUAUCUCAUUACACAACAAGAGAAAUCGAAGUCAUCCAUAGAAAGAUCAAAAUAGAGAACAAGAGACUAAAACACCGUUGCAGUGAAUUAGAAGAAAAAUAUGAAGCCUCAGAGCUGCAGAUAACACAAAUAUUGACCAUCUACAGACACCAGUUGCAGCAGAAAGAGGUCGAAAUCAGCCUGCUGAAGGCAAGAGAGGGUGCACUGCAGGAAGAGCUGCUGAAGCUGCAGCAAGCCACUCAGGCGGUGCCCUUAGGGACCGACGGUGCACCAGCACCCACUGAGUCAUCUUAUGCCACCUACGGGACCCAUCAUGGUGCUUCAGCUGGCUAUGACGAGGACAUGGACUUUGAAGACCUGAUUUCCUGUCAACAACAAAUUAACCGUCUGACCAAUGAAGUCUCAAGACUUCAAUCUGAUGUGGGCCAUUGGAGGCGCAUUGCCCAGGUAGGUGAAUCUGCGUGAGUUUAAAAA